AUGUCCUCUGACCGGCGUCUGCGAAAUGGCACCGAGGAUAAACGGUAUGCCGGGCCCUCUGAACCGAGUGGUUUUGCUGCAAAUGGCACACGAUACCGGGUCGUAGGACGAGAUACUUUAGCUGGCGACGGGAUUUUUGCAGGAUUUGCGGGAUCGGCAGCCGGCUUCACAGAGUAUAAAUUAUUAUUUGAAGGGCCUGAGAAAGAGCUUUCUCAACUUGCGGUAUUUGGGGAGCUAAGGGCACUUCUUCCUUGCGUUCAGCUGCAAAUUGAAUUUGUUGGGCCCGGUGUUCCACAGUUUAGGGAUGGGGAAACGAUAAAAAUUGACACAUAUCUUCAGUGUUCUGAUGGGAGCUGUUCUUGCAAAUCUUCAUGUAAACAGAGAUCAUGUCUUCCAAAUUCAGUAGUGACAUUGAAGCUUUACAAAGGUUUCUAUCAUGAGAAAUAUAGAUAUAUGGAUACCCAUCCUCAACUAGUUAUUGCUUCUAAUGCUGGCAUUACUGCAUAUCCUAGCUGGUUGCCAUCCAUUGAGCUAAUAAGCGAGAUGAACAUACCAGCAAUAUUCACGGACUACUGCGAAGAGGCUGCUUUUCUUGCUGCCCGAUGCAUUUGCACUGUAACUGGUCGCCCCCUAUCCAUUCCGAUUCAGGUGAACCCGUUUAGGCAGCCAAUGGUGAUGGAGGAUCAAGCUCUUUACCUCCCUUGCUACUCCAAUUGCUUCAUUUUUGGUAUGUGAUACUAUUUUGGGGCAUAUCCAUAUUUCUACCUUACUUUGAAAGGCUACUUCAAGGCAAAAUUAUGAGCUUUUGUGUUACUCAGAUGCUAUGCCAAGAUGAUCUUUGCUAGUGAUUAAUGGCUUUCCAUUUGUUUAAUCCAAAUGCAAAUACAGUUCGUUGUUUUGAGGGAUGUGUUCUGAUGAAUGCAAAAAUUUGUGUGGAACAAUGAAUUAGAAAAUUAAUGAUGUUAGGAUUCAUCUCAGUGGAUGCAAAUAGGAUUAUCCAAAAGUAAUUAUAAAUCAUGUUUUUGUGAAAUAUUAUAAUUUUCCAAUUAAUAUAAUCUAUUUGAUUUGAGGUCA